CCUCCUACAACUUAUUUGCUUAACCUCACCCUCAACCUCCACCUCUGCUUCUCCCUCUUCUCCUCCUCCUCCUUCCUUUUCCUUAUUCUUAUUCCCAUUCCCUUUAAUCAUGUUCCAUCCUUAAUAAAAACAUCCACAUUAACAUCAACUCAAUCAUUUCAUACCCUCUCUCGCUCUCAAUCUUGUUGUUUAAUGUCUUGAAUCCUCACCACCACCAUACCACCACCUCCCUCCGCCUCAAAUCACAUCCAAUGACAACACCCCAAUCGCAUUCCUGGCAGCACCAGCACCAGCAGGCUAAUCUCGCUCCUCUUCCUCCGGAUUCAUACACUGCCCAACUCCUCCAACAUGCCACCCCCGAUCAUAUCUACCUCACCUCCCGUCGCUUCUUCAUCGGUCCUAUCCCGGAAGGAUGGCUGAAAACGAACCGACGCGACUGGUACAAACACCAUCUGCACAUCAAUUACUCCUCCCGCGCCGCCACCUUCUCUGCAGACCCAACCGAUUCUCGAAACCGCCGCCUCAGUGGCCACGACGGCCCAAGCUCCUCCGCCCUCUUCCAACGCAGCUUCCCUCAGCCGGAGGACCUAUCGGCGGAGGAUGAGGAUAACGACAACGAGAAUAACAAGGACGGAACAGACGAUAAGCGCAUAGAAAAUGGCGUGUCAUCAUCGGCUUCUGCGACAUUGGAAUCUCCCCCAGCGAUACAGAUCCCCCGUGGAUCCGACAACAAGGAUGACGUCAUUGUGGACGAUGAUGCCACAGAGUACCUAGAUGCUCUCUCAGAGCCCGAAGACGAGCCGGAGUCGAACGAAGAUGACGGUGGACACGCAAAUACAAGCAAGCAGCCGCUAAGCAAGUCAACCUCGGAAUCAACCGACAAGCAGACGUUGGUUCAGGCAAGCAGCGCCGGUGCAGCACAAAACGCAAGCCAGCCCCAGGCAAGUGGAUUACAAGUUCCUACCGGUCAAGACGAUGGACAAACGGCGUCAGUGAAACGGCCCGUAUCCACCGUGGCGAGCGACAAUGGCGAGGCUUAUGGCUUCGCCAUUGAUGAGCCCUCGGUCGUCGUCGCAUCCAACGAGCCUUUGCUUCGUAAGACUGACUCCAUCAAGGAUCGUCCCGUCACGAGUCAUAAGUCAUCUACCAGGAAUAUUGUGACAAAGGCCAAACGACGCGUAUCUCGACAACAGUCCAAUGAUCCUACAACAUCUUCGGACCGGACCGAGAACGGCCUAUCACGAAAGAAGACAAACCUACGCAACCUGGUGACAUUUGAUGUCCCCGAGGAUUCUCGACGUGCAGAGGUUCAGCUCAAGGCCAAGGCUGCUCAGCUAACCAUUCAACGUGCCUCGACCAGAUUGCGGCGGCAAAAGAUCCAAGACGGACUUGUGGUCAAGAUGGAGCGUAUGCUGGUCCGCGUCGAUGCUGCUGGGAAGGACGUACCGGAUGAAUUCGAUGAGAAUGCCAACCAAAAGAUCGACUCUCGUGUCAAGGAAAAGUGGCGGGAGUAUCUGGUCGUUUGCAGACAUUCAAACACUGACGACGCAGACUUCAUUCUCCAGAUGUACAAGACCAGGGUGAUCCCCGAAGUCGAGCAGAAAGACAAGGGCAAAAGAGCCACCUUUCAGAUUCCUCUGUCCCGUAAGAAGUCGAGAGUAAACAUGUAUUCCUCCCUGGACAAAUCAGUGGUGGUUUGGGAGCCAGUCAGCCGAGGAACACAGAUCUUCAUAAUGCAGGCACGCACGGCGUCUAAUGCUGUCGAAUGGUAUACCUUCCUGCGAAACAUUCUCGGUUGGAGACGAUCUACUAGUUUGCAGAUCAAUAUACCAGACCUUAGCGUCAGCUUACACAUUCAAGACCCUUUCAAGAAUUUGGAAGCAUUCCAAAACGAGGCGCAGGAAGCCGAGGGCUCAUCCACGGAAGAAGCCAUCUUGCGCACCAUGCAGGCAGAGCAAGCCGUGGCUCAGAAUCUGAUCAAGCGAUGUUUGGAGCAAUUGGAGCACCUUCCCGAAUGGGCGGACGUUUUGGAUUCCUGGAUCAAGGAUCAGCGUAUAGGUCUGGCCUGGAAGCGCUACGACCGGCUUGAAUGGAUCCAUGGAGCAAACGAACGUAAAAUGUACGGCACGAUUGCGAUGCAGAAGUCCCACGAACUUGAGCUGCGCCCGAAGACUCACUAUCCCACCACUGCCGUGACUCGCAAGAAACACAAGACCUUGGUUGAACCAGUACCCGUGGAAGGCUUCCUCAUCCGGCUCACUGGUCAGAAAGGCAGGUCGCAGCGAAUGGGCCUGCUCUAUCAUAAACGCCUCUAUUUCGCUACCCACGACCAAUACCUCGUCUUCUCACGGCCGUCGAAAUCCACACCGCCUCCGCCUCCCAGGCUUCCAGCUUCGCGAGACGCCCAGGUGCCUAGUUCGCAGGCCGUGGCCCAGGACGUUCCAGAAAGCUGGGCUGUGAAUCCAUUUCCUGUCGAUCAACAGCGCAUUGAGUGGUUGAUGGAGGGUCACACGGGUACGCCAGAGACUAGACGACUCCACGACGAGGAUGCUGCAGACGAAGCAGAGCGAAAGCGCCAAAAUCUUCUUGCUUGCGACGGAUACAUCGACAUGGCCGACAUCAUCAAGGUCCGCAAGGCAAAGAAAGGUGCAGAUCCGGUCGAUGAGGUAAUUGAGGAUGGCUCCGAUAUCGACUUUGAUGAGGAGGUGGAGGACUCUACCAGAGAGGAUGGAGCGACAAGAGACCUUGACCUCGAACGAACCUUUGAGCUUGUCAUGCGCAACGGUUUAAUUAUUCGCUUGCAGGCCGCAAACAAGACACGUCGAAAAGAAUGGAUUAAGCAUCUCCGUGCCCUCGCCAAGUAUUGGAAACAUCGGACGGCAUCGGACAUCAACUUGUUCAAACGUACCCGAAAUCGAAACUUCAAGGUCUUGAACAUUGACGAAGAAGCCGAGGCUUAUGUCGGUCAGUUUGCCAGGAAAUGGGAGGUCACGCAGUCAUACGCUUGCCCGGAGCUGUAUAAUCUCUGCGGGAUUGCCUGCUGUCGUAGCAUCCACCUGAGCGGACUUCUCUACCGUAAACCAAGGAUCCAUGCGCCUUUCACACGCUGCAGUGUCAUGUUAACGGCAGGAAACCUUGUCAUCUUUCAAGAUGUGUUGAGGAGUAGAGUCGGCAAGCAGCUUGCCCAUAUCCAUCAUGAGCGCAUAGCGAACCUGGACCUGAAGGAUUGUUAUGUGUACUCGGGUUUCUUGACCGAAUCGGAUUUGCUGUACCAGAACCAAACAUUCGAUGCCAACAAGCCUGGCCAUCAUGCUCUCCCUCGUAUCUAUCUCGAAGAUGGUUGGACAUCCACGGAUGAAGACGUAAUGACGACCUUCGUUGUCUGGCACGGGAAGAGUAAGUCCUGGUUCAGAGCAGAAGAGGGCGCUGGCGGGGGCUUUCAGCAUGCCAACGAGAGUCGGAGAAAGAAGUUGAAACGUGUGGCGAAGCUGGGGAGUAAGGGAAGGAGUGUUGUCUUCCGAGCCAGAAGUCGAGCCGAGCGAGAUCACUGGGUUUUAGCGAUCCAGAACGAGAUCGAGAGGGUGCAGGCCUCAAUGGGUCAGGAUUUCAGGAUCGAGGAGGCGCAGGGUGGGAACAAGGCGAGUGCAGGUGAUGACGGCAACGGCACUGUUCCCAGAAGCACAGCUGGGGAAGAAAACGGACAGGCGUAAACGUCGAGGAUCAUAUUCUCACUUUCUUCGGAUUACUUUUCGUGCAGCAGAUAUCGAGAUACCAUACACCUGUGUCCACACGUAAUAUCGUCUUGUCGCAGUGCAGUGAUUGUUGUUUCCAUUAGCAAAGGUUCAUAGCGUUGUCUUCUACAGAAUAGAGUACAUACAUAAAUCUAGUUCUCCC